GUCAACGCUGAGCUCGAGCAGCUCCGUGCCGACCAGGCCUCUCUCAUCCCCAGGACCGACCUCGAUACCAAGGACGAGACCAUCGCCGCUCUCACCGCCGAGAAGGAGGCCAACAUCAAAAACGUUGAGCAGCUUCAGAGCGAAGUCCACUCGUUGAAGAAGCAGAUUGAGGAGCUCCAGACCAACCACGCCGACGCCACCGAGAAACUCAAUGCUCGGACAGAGGCACACAACAAGCUCUCUCAGGAGCACGAGUGCUAAGGUCGCUGAUCUGGAGAAGGCGCUUGCUGGCGCGAAGGAGGAGCUUUCCAGCCGUACUUCCGACCUCGAAACUGCUAAGCAGGAGCUCGCCAGCAAGUCUGAAGCAGCUGAAAAGGCCAGCAAGGAUGCCGCCGCUGUCACCGACUCGAGCAAGAGCGAAAUCGAGAGCCUGAAGAAGCAGAUCAGCGACUUGGAAAAGAAGCUUGCUGCUGCGGACGCAUCAAAGGGUGACGCCGACGAGCUUUCCACUAAGAUCUCGAAGCUGGAAGGUGAUUUGAAGCAGGCUCAGGAUGCCCUUGCCACCAAGACAUCUGAGCUUGAGAGCCAGAUCGCCACUCUCACCACUGAGAAGGGCGCCGCCGCCGAAGCUGCUGAAAAGGCCAGGGCCAGUGUCGACACUCUUACUGCCCAGAUCGCUGACUUGGACAAGUCUCUGAAGGUCGCUCAGGACAGCCUUGCUGCUAAGGAACAGGAACUCGCGGCUGCUAAGGCAGAUGCUUCCAAGGCAUCUGAGGCAUCGGCUGCUCGCGUUGCUAAGCUGGAGCAAGCUCUUGCGGAAGCGAAGAAGGAGGCCGAGAGCGCCACUGGCUCUGCCGAUGCUCGCGUCACCGAGUUGGAGACAUCCCUCAAGAAGGCACAGGACGAUCUUGCUGCUAAAGAGCAGGAGCUCAAAAAAGCACAGACCGAUGCCUCGACAGCGACCGAGACUUCGUCCAAGAAGAUCUUCGAGCUCGAGAAAUCUCUCAAGGAGGCCCAAGACAGUCUGGCAGCCAAGGAGAAGGAUGUCGAGAGUGUCCGUGCUGAAGUUGGUGACGCCACUAAAGUCUCCUCUGCAAAGAUCGCCGACCUCGACAAGCUCCUGAAGGAAGCUCAGGGCAGCCUGGCGAAGAAGGAGGCGGAUCUCAAAGCAGCUAAGGAGGAGGCUGCCAAGAGCACCGCCAGCUCGUCGUCGAAGAUCAGCGAGCUUGAAAAAUCUCUGAAGAAGGCGACUGAUGACCUUGCUGCCAAGGACACUGAAGUAACGGCUGCUAAGGAGACGGCACAGAAGGCUACUGAGUCCUCGUCAUCUCAGGUCCAGGAGUUGGAGCAGAAGCUUGCGACCGCCGUUGCCGCUCUCGCGAGCGAACAGUCGAAGAGCACCGCUGCUCAAGCCAAUGCUGAUAAGUUGAAGGAGACUACCACUGCCCAAGUUGCAGAGCUCGAGAAGAGUCUCGAGGCUGCCAAGAAGGAGGCUGCCAAUGCCACCGAGUCAGCCAAGGGUGAGACUACUGGUCUUCAGACCAAGGUCUCCGAAUUGGAGUCAUCUCUGAAGGACUCGGCAGAGAAGCUGGCAGCUCGUGACGCUGAGCUUGCCAAGGCUGUCAAGGCUGGUGACUUGGCAAAGACUGAGUCCACUGAUCUUUCUAGCAAGAUCUCUUCUCUCGAGAAGCAGCUCGCCGAUGCUAAGCAGCAGGCUGAGCAGGUCGGUACUCUCCAGGCUUCGUUGAAGAGCAAGGAUGAGGAGCUUUCCACGGCGAAGGCAUCCAGCAGUGAAUCUUCCAAGAAGAUCGGUUCUCUAGAGAAGGACCUCGCUGCUGCCAAGGAGCAGGCCGCCCGAGUUGAGACCCUCCAGACUUCGCUCAAGAGCAAGGACGAGGAACUUUCCAAGGCGCAAGUAGCUGCCAAGACCGCAAGCAACACCGCUGGAGAGAAGGUUGCCGCCCUCGAGAAGGACCUUGCCGCUAAGACUGAGGCCCUGAAGGAGGUUGAGAAGCUCAACAGCCGUAUUGCCGAAUUGGAAGCCGCUCAGAAGGCUAGCACUUCCGCACAGGAGGAAAGCAAGGGUCAGCUUGCGUCCGCACAGCAGGCCCAGGCCGAAGCCGUAAAGGCUCACGAAGCAACGAAGUCUUCGCUUUCGUCCACUCAGGAAAAGCUAGCUACUCUUCAGAAGACUAAGGAUGGUCUUGAGAGCGAGCUCAAGGCCGCCAAGGAGAACGGGUCGAAGGCUUCUGAGCUCCAGAGCCAGCUCGACAAGGCUACUGCCGACCACAGUGCUGCUUUGAAGAAGGCUGAGUCCUCUCAUGAGGCUACCAAGAAGGAGCUUGGGAGCGCAAAGGCUGCUCACGAUGACGCCGUCAAGAGCGCCACGUCUGCUCACGACAAGACAAAGGCUAGCCUUUCGUCCGCUCAGGAAGAGGCCAAGGCUGCGAAGCUUGCACAGGAGAAGGCCGAGAAAUCGCUUGCUGACGAGCACAAAGCUGCCACGGAUGCACAGGCUAAGGCAGCUUCCCUAGAGAACGCGAUCGCUGAGCACAACGCUGUUGCCGAGAAGGCCGCAUCUGAGAAGGCUACAUUCAACGAACAGAUGAAGGCAAACGACGCCAAGGUCGCUCAAUUGCAGGCUUCCGUUGAGGCUGUCACUAAGGAGAAGGCUGAGAAGGAUGCUCAGGUCUCCGAACUCCAGGCUAAGCUCACUGCAUCCGAGAAGGCUGCCGAAUCCGCAAAGGCCAUCGAGGAGCUAAAGAAGGAGUCCGACGCCAAGCUCCUCGAAGCCACCAAGGCACUCGAGCUCUCGCAACAGCAGAGCAAGGCUGCUGAAGAGAAGGUAGCGGCCAGCACUAAGUCCGUCGACGAGGCUGUUGCCGCCCGCAAGGCCGAGGAGGAGAAGUUGGCCAAGUUUGAAGCUGAACUUGCUUCUCUCAAGGCUUCCAGCGCGGCCAGCACCACCGAGCUCGCUUCUCUGAAGAAGGAUCUCGAAGCGGCCAAGGCGGACGUCGAGAAGGAGAAGAAGAGCCAGGAGUCCCUGAAGACCCUCAACAAGUCCGUCAUGGAGAAGAUCAAGGAGAAGGACGCUAAGAUCAAGGAACUGACUGACGCGGCUGCGAAGCCCAAGGAGAACGGCGUCAAGGCUGAGGCUGUUGCCGAGGCUUAGGCGCCUUGAUCCUCGGUUCCGGCCCUGAGUCUUGGAUGAGAUUGUACAGAUUGCUGUUUUGCUUUUCGCGCUGUGUGGCAUUAUACCCCGUCCGGUUUCCGUCGUUGCGUACUCAGAGUGAGCGUAAGAUCGUGC